AUGCUAGUGCCUACGCCCCAGCAUGCUCAUUCGCUCUUUCACGAGCUCUCUCACGUGCUCUUUCACGCGCUCUCUCACGCACUCUCUCACGUGCUCUCUCACGCGCUCUCUCACGCGCACUCUCAGGCACACUCUCACGCGCUCUCUCUCGCGCACUUUCACGCGCAUUCACUCUCUCACGUGCUUUUCCACUCGCUCACUCACGCGCUCUCUCACGCGCUCUCAUGCGCUCACUCACGCACACUCUCACGCGCACUCUCACGCUCUCACAUUCUUAUGCGCUCUCUCAUGCGCUCUCUCACGCGCACACUCACGCGCUCUCUCACGCGCACUCUCAGGCGCACUCUCAGGCACACUCUCACGCGCAUUCUCUCUCGCGCACUUUCACGCGCAUUCUCUCUCUCACGCACUCACUCACGUGCUCUUUCACGCGCUCACUCACGCGCUCUCUCACGCACACUCUCACGCGCACUUUCACGCUCUAACACGCGCUAUCUCACAUGCUCUCUCAUACGGAACCUCACGCGCUUUCUCACGCGCUCUCUCCUGCGCUCACUCACGCGCACCCUCACGAGCACUCUCACGCGCUCUCUCACGCGCUCUCUCACGCGCUCUCUCAAGCGCUCUCUCACGCUCUCUCACGCGCUCUCUCACAUGCUCUCUCAUACGCAAUCUCACGAGCCCUCACGCGCUCUCUCAUGCGCUCUCUCACGCGCUCUCUCACGGGCACCCUCACGCGCUCUCUCACGCGCUCUCUCACGUACUCACACGCGCUCUCUCACGCGCUCUCUCACGCUCUCUCUCACGCACUCUCUCACACGCUCUCUAAUGCGCACCCUCACGCGCUCUCAUGCGCUCUCUCAUGCGCACCCUCACGCACUCUCUCACGCGCUCUCUCAUGCGCUCUCUCACGCCCUCUCUCACGCCCUCUCUCACGCCCUCUCUCACGCGUUCUCUCACGCGCUCUCUCCUGCGCUCUCUCCUUCGCUCUCUCCUGCGCUCUCUCCUUCGCUCUCUCCUGCACUCUCUCCUUCGCUCUCUCCUGCGUUCUCUCCUUCGCUCUCUCCUGCGCGUUCGCUCCCGUGCACACGCUCUCCCUUACGCUUGGUAUCUCCCCUUCGUCAGAUGAAAGUGCAAUGCAAGAGGAGAUCAAUGGACACAGGGAAAAAAUAA